GUUUACACCAGCAGGUUUAUACGUUCGUGUUUAGUGGAAGCGCCGUGAGAUGAUUUACAGUGCGCGCGGGACUACACUCUGACCUACACACAAACUGGCAUCUGCAACAAGAAGGACACUUUUGCAUGUACACAUAAAAAUACUAUUUAUUACAUCUGCAGAAAACAACAAUUGUCAAGUGAACAUUAAAUAGUUCUACCAUCAUGGAACUUGACGCGUCUAUCAUUCUCCCUGCGCUCUUCUUUACCAUUCUUGCUGUUGUCUUGGCAGCCAAAUUCAUCCCCAAAAAACAACCAGAGGAGAAGAAGAAGAGGAUUAAAGUAGGCAACAGAGACGACAUUCCUCCUGCCAGAGCAUUGACACCAGCAGUAGCAGUAGUGGAUGUACCAAAAGUGGAGAUACCACCACCGGUGAUAGUACCAAAAGUGGAGGUACCCCCACAAGUGGUAGAAGCUGAAGUAAAAACCGAACCAGUAACAGUUGCCCCAGUAGUUGAAGAGAUCAAUGUUGUAGAAGAAGAGACAGUUAAAGAGCCUGAAAUGAUCCCCGAUGUUCAGGCUGUGCCAGAGCCCAUGCCAGAGCCCGUGGUUGAGCCAGAACCCGUGCCUGAGCCCAUCCCUGAGCCAGAGCCCAUCCCAGUCGUUGUUGAGGAGCCCAUCCUUGAGCUCAUCGCCGAACUUGAACCUGUAUCUGUGGUGAAGGAGGUCCCCGUCAGAGAGCCCACCCCUGAGCCAGCAAGGGAACCCAACCCCAAGCCAGCGAGGGAACCCACCCCUGAGCCCAUCUUCAUGCCAGAGCCAGAGGACCUUGAGAGCAACGCUGAGGAGGUGCACUUUACCCCAGGAAUGAAGAUUAGCAAGUUAGAGAAGAUGAUGACCAAGGAGGAGAUGGAGGAGGAGCAGAGGGUGCAAAACGAUCAGUUGGCGGCCAUCUUUCUCCUGCUGAUGCAGAACCAGGAGGCACUAGGGGAGGUGACUGAGGGAGACAUGGAGGAGCAGCUCAAACUCUACUCCCUGUAGCAGAAUGGGGCAGUUCUGUUAUUGUCAACUGUGUAUGGGGCUAAAUAGCCUGUUCCCCUUUUUAAAGUGCAGGUGUCAAGCAGAGCAACUGUCAAUGUUUAAUACUGUAUUUAUGUUUGACUUAUCAUGUCAGGUCAGAAUGAUCCAUAACAGACAAAGACAAUAGGUUUAAUAUUCUGACAUACUGUAGCGGGAUAGGUUAAAUGGCAUUACCCAUAAGACCAAAACAAAUUGUACAAUACUUGAAUGUAAGACACAAGUCUUUACACUGUUCAUGGUAACAUUGGUUAUCGUAAAGUAUGGCAAUGUUACAGUGGCUUUAAAAAUCACAUGUUCUCAGAGUAUGAACAAUGUAAUGAACAAACAAUUGCAGUAACUUAUUUACAUUAAGUAUAUCGAUAACACACUUUCUUUAUAUUACUUACAUUUUUGAUGAAAUAUUGUUGGUAAGUCACAUAUACUGUAUGUAUUUUCAGUUGUAAAGAACUAUUUUAGUGUUAAUAUAGGUAAUAUUGAAAUAUACACACAAAAAAAAACAUGACAUAGACUAACCAGGUGAAUCCAGGUGAAAGCUAUGAUCCCUUAUUGAUUUUGAUUUGACUUAAAUCCACUUCAGUCAGUGUGGGUGAAGGGGAGGAGACAGGUUAAAGAAGGAUCUUUAAGCCGGCAGACAAUUGAGACUUGGAUUGGGUGAAUGGGCAAACAAAGUGCUUUGAAGGGGUUAUGGGUUGUAGGUACCAGGUGCACCGGUUUGAGUGUGUCAAGAACUGCAAAGUUGGUGGGUUUUUCACGCUCAACAGUUUCCUGUGUGUAUCAAGGUCCACCACCCAAAGGACAUCCUGUCGGAAGCAUUGGAGUCAACAUGGGUCAGAAUCCCUGUGGAAUGUUUUCAACACCUGUAGAGUCCAUGCCCUGACGAAUUUAGGAUGUUCUGAGGGAAGGGGGGGGACGUAUUGGUUAGGUGUUCCUAAUGUUUGUACACUCAGUGUAUAUGUUUUUCAUAUAUUCUCAACACUCCAUAUUUUGAAUCAAAUGUUUUUAAUGGAUGUACAUACUGUAUGGAGAUAUUUUAGUAGUUUAGUAAUCACUUCCUAGUAUAAAUUGGCUUCAUCCUCUUGCCAUAACAUUUGUAAGCUGUGUUGGCAUCAUUCUACAUACCACCACAGGUGAGGAGAUUAAGGACACCAAGUCUGGAUCAGAGAAGAAGUAGGGGUUUUAGUGGAAUACCCACAGAACAUUUUCUGCUCAUUUAUCACCUGAUUUUCUUAACAAAAGGCAUAUCUCGAUAGGUGGUCCAGGUGUCCUCUGACAUGGCACAAAUGUUCUCUAUUUCUCCUCUAUUUUUCCUCAAUCAAGGUGGGAGGCCGAUGACAUCAGAAGGCAACAUGAAAAAAUGAUUUUGCUCAAAACAUGUUUUUUUUACUCUUAAAGCCGAGCUCCGCACUUGGAGAAACAGCGCCACUGCCAGUGGUGGAAAAGGUACACAGUCAUAUUUGAGUAAAAGUAAAGAUACCAUCAUAGAAAAUGACUCAAGUAAAAGUGAAAGUCACCCAGUAAAAUACUACUUGAGUAAAAGUCUGAAAGUAUUUGGUUUUAAAUAUACUUAAGUAUCAAAAGUAAAUGGAAUUGUUCAAAUGUACUCAAGUAUCAAAAGUAAAAGUAUAAACCAGACACAACAUUUUAUAUUACAUUUUUUAUUGACGGAUAGCCAGAGGCACACUCCAGCACUCAGACAUAAUUUACAAAUGAAGCAUUUGUGUUUAGUGAGUCCUACAGAUCAGAAGCAGUAGGGAUGACCAGGGAUGUUCUCUUGAUACGUAUGUGAAUUGGACCAUUUACUUGUCAAAAUGUAAUGAAUACUUUUGGGUGUCAGGGAAAAUGUAUGGAGUAAAAAGUCCAUUAUUUUCUUCAGAAAUGUAGUGAGGUAAAAGUACAAUUUCGCAAAAAUAUAAAUAGUUGUAAGUAGUAUUUAAGUAUUUUUUACUUAAAUACACCACUGGCUACUGGCAGCCCCAGGCACAUUUAUUAUUGUUUUUGUUUUGUUUAUUAAAGCCCCAGUGCAGGCAAAAAUGUGUUUUUUCUGUGUUUUAUAUACAGAAUAUACAGGCCAGUUUAUUAGGUACACGCAUCUAGUACCAGUUCGGACCCCCCUUUGCCUUCAGUACAGCCUGAAUUCUUCAGGGCAUUCUACAAGGUGUGGGAAACGCUCCAUAGGGAUGUUGGUCCACGCUGACACAAUAGCAUCAUACAGUUGCUGCAGAUUCAACGGCGAUUAAUUCAUGCUGUAAACAGCCCGUUCCAUGUCAUCCAAAAGAUGCUGUAUUGGGUUGAGGUCUGGGGACUGAGCAGGCCACUCAAGUAAACUGAUUUUGCUGCCAUGUUACAGGCAAUGUUUUUCCACUUCUCAAUUGUCCAGUGUUGGUGAUCAUGUGCCCACCGGAGCCACUUCUUCUUUUUAGCUGUUAGGAGUGGAGCCCUCUGUGGUCGUCUGCUGCAAUAGCACAUUCUUGACAAGGAUCGACGAGUUGUGCGUUCCGAGAUGCAGUUCUGCACACCAUUGUUGUACUGCAGUGUUAUUUGUCCGUUUGUGGCCCGUUUGUUAGCUUGCACGAUUAUUGCCAUUCUCCUUCAACCUCUCUCAUCAACGAGCUGUUUUCACCCACAGCAUUGCCACUGACUGGAUGUUUUUUGUUUGUCGCGCCAUUCUUGGUAAACCUUAGACACUGUCAUGCGUGAAAAGCCCAGUAGGGUGGCCAUUUCUGAGAUACUGGAUCCGGCGCGCCUGGCAUACCACGCUCAGUCGAUUAGGUCACUCACUUUGCCCAUUCUAUCGUUCAAUCGAACAGUGACUUAAUGCCUCAAUGCUUGUCUGCCUGCUUUAUAUGACAAGCUAUGGCCACGUGACUCACUGUCUGUAGGAGCGAUCCAUUGUGUGAAUGGAGUGGUAUACCUAAUAAACUGACCGGUGAGUGUAUAUUUCCACACUAUGAGGUUGGAAUAAUACUGUGAAAUUAUGAAAAUGAUGAUAAUGCCCUUUAGUGUAAGAGCUGUAUGAAAAGACUACCUGAAAUUUCAGCCUGUUUUGGUGGGAUGGAGUUUUGGCCUUCCAUGGUGACGUCAACAUGCAAUAAAUGAGUUAAUAGACCAAUAAG